UUCGCAAGAAAAUAUUUGAAUUCCACAUAAACCUGACUUAUCCUAUAUGACAAUUAGCGGUAAUUGCUAGUUAUCUAGAUGCCAAAAGAAAAUGGUGCAUGAUCCCAAUUCCAAUCCUUUCCUUUCGUUGUUUGUUAGCCAGUAAGAGUUGUGUUUCUGUAUGGCAUUAAAAAUGGCCGCAGCUCAUAGCUGCGUGCAGCUUCCCUCGUCUUUUUCAUGGAAGCAUGUGAAGGGGUGUGUACAGAACAGAACCUCAGUUUCCUUUGCUGUUCCAGCACAAUGUUACCCUUCAAUCCAGUGUGGUAGGGGUGAUAGGCGGACAAAAAAGGGCAAGAGAUUCAAUCACUCGUUUGGAAAUGCACGGCCAAGGAAUAAGAAGAAGGGAAGAGGGCUGCCAUCACUUCCUCUGCCACCAAGGCCACCUAGGAAAGAUGAUCCUUUUGAUGAUGGAGAGAAAAUUGAGAUAGAAAUUGAUGAAUUUCUUUUCUGAGAUAGGGGAAUUCGUAUUGUCUGUGUUAAAUGCUGUUGUUUUUAGAGCUAAACAAAACUCUAAAAUGUUGUUUAAUUCCUUGUCAAAUUGCUAAGAUAUGCCAUGUUUGUGGCUGCUUAUUUCAUGUUAAAAUCCUGUGUAUCUGGAAUAAUCUCCAUGUAUCUUUUUUCUUUCGUAGAUUCUUUUUUUUAUUUUAUAUUAUUGAUAGAGGACACUUAACUCCCCACACAUUCAUUAUACAAUAACAACAUUUAUCACUGGAUGGAAACCAUAUAAUGAGCCAGCUAAGAUUUGUGCCCGAGCUAUCUUGCAGGGAAGCACACCCACCUAUCACCAGGCCAUAGACUGGCGAGCCAAAGAUGCUAAGGUAAACUUUAAGACAGAGCUUCAAGAGCAUGGAGCUAGGGUUGGGUCCAUAAUUCUUGAAUAAACAAAGAUCAUUUAGGUGGUAUAUUGAUCGAUAAUUUGUCUUGGUAGUUAAUAAUUUUGAGGUUUUUUCGAAUGUAAUGGAAUGAUUGCAUGAUACUAAGUUCUUAUACAAUCUUUGGUCUUAGUAUCAUGCUCAGUGCUAUUCUUUGCUAAGAGAAAUGUAGCAUAGGAUGAAUAUAAAUAUAAAUUCUCUUUCUGCUCA